UUCGAACCCAGAGGACGUCGGGACCUCUUCUAUAUUCUCCCCCCCACUUCGCCCGGAGACAUGGAUCUAUGGUUUCAUUCGAUCCGGAUUUGCUGGUGGAGGGUUUUGUUUCUGAUGAGUGUUUUCCAGGACUAUCUGAGCUCCAUGCUGGACUGCCCGCCGACCUGCAGCUGCUCUCAAACAGAGAUCUAUUGCAAUAAGUCCGACAACGGCAGGUUUUUCCCUUUACUCGCCCUGCAAGACACUGGGAGCAAUGGGACCAGCGUUGACAUAGCGGAGUUAUUCAAAAACAUCACCUCUAUACACAUAGAGAACUGGACAGGAUUGCAGACUCUGAGAGACGUCGAUAUGGAGCUCUACACUGGACUACAGAGACUAACUAUCAUGAAUUGUAACCUGAAGGUGAUCCAGGCUCGAGCGUUUGCUCAGAACCCACACCUACGCUACAUAAACUUGUCAAAGAAUCCUCUCACCACUUUGUCAUGGCAGCUCUUCCAGCACCUCCAACUCUCCGAGCUGCGUCUGGAUGGCGUGGUGUUCGACUGCGGCUGUGACAUCCGCUGGAUCCAGCUGUGGCAGCAGAGAGGAGAAGCCGGGCUUAACAUGCAGCAGCUGUACUGCAGGAACGGAGCCUCCAAGAUACGACUGCACAACAUGUACAUCCACAACUGUGACUUGCCAGAGAUCAGCGUGAGCCACAGCAGUGUGUUGGUGAUGGAGGGUGACAAUGUGACGGUGAGCUGCAACGGAUCUGGUUCACCGCUGCCUGAAGUGGACUGGACUGUCAGCGGCCUGCAUUCCAUCAACACACACCUGUCGAAUGUCUACUGGCCCAACAUCCACUCCAUCAACCUGACCCUUUUCAACAUCAGCCGAGACGACAACAACUUCCAGCUGACGUGUAUUGCAGAGAACGUGGUGGGGAUGACCAACUCCUCCAUCCAGCUCAACGUACAGUUUCCUCCCGUCAUCCUGAGACUGGCUGAGCCUGAGCAGCGCCUUGAUACCUGCAUUGAAUUCACAGUACGAGGAUACCCCCACCCCAAGCUGCGCUGGUUCCACAAACAGAAGGAGAUUCUGCAGAAUGACUACAUUCGCACUGACAUGGACUUCUACCAGGACUACCUCGAGGGCUGUCUGACGUUCCAGAACCCGACACACAUCAACAACGGCAAUUACACUCUGGAGGCCAGCAACCCUCUAGGAACAGUCACCAAGACAGUAUAUGGUCACUUCCUGUUUGACCCUGACCCUGACAACAACACAGUGGAAGUAGAUCCGCAGUCAGAGGGAGGUUCAGGCCGACCAGAUGAAGAUACAUUCGGGGUUUCCAUCGCCGUGGGUUUGGCGGGCUUCGCUUGUGUCCUCCUCCUCGUCCUUUUUGUUCUCAUCAACAAAUACGGCCGACGCUCCAAAUUCGGUCCAGUAGCUGUGAUCAGCGGUGAGGAAGACUCUGCCAGCCCUCUUCAUCACGUCAACCACGGGAUUAUUACCCCCUGUACUCUGGAUGCGGGUCCUGAUGCGGUUGUCAUAGGGAUGACUCGCAUUCCUGUGGUAGAGAAUCCUCAGUACUUCAGACACGGACACAACUGCAACAAGCCAACCACCC